AUGGGCGGGAACCACUCCCACAGGCCCCCGGUGUUUGACGAGAAUGAAGAAGUCAAUUUUGACCACUUUCAGAUUCUGCGCGCCAUUGGCAAAGGCAGCUUUGGGAAGGUGUGCAUCGUGCAGAAGCGGGACACGAAGAAGAUGUACGCCAUGAAGUACAUGAACAAGCAGCAGUGCAUCGAGCGGGACGAGGUCCGCAACGUCUUCCGGGAGCUGCAGAUCCUGCAGGGCCUCGAGCACCCUUUCCUGGUCAACCUGUGGUACUCCUUCCAGGAUGAGGAGGACAUGUUCAUGGUGGUGGACCUGCUGCUGGGGGGCGACCUGCGCUACCACCUGCAGCAGAGCGUCCGUUUCACAGAGGUGACGGUCAAGCUGUACAUCUGCGAGCUGGCCCUGGCCCUGGAGUACCUGCAGCGCUACCACAUUAUCCACAGGGACAUCAAGCCAGACAACAUCCUGCUGGACGAGCGUGCCCCGGAGGUGUUCCAGGUGUAUGUGGACGGAGGCCCUGGGUACUCGUACCCCGUCGACUGGUGGUCCCUGGGUGUCACAGCCUACGAGCUGCUGCGGGGCUGGCGGCCCUUUGAGAUCCACUCGGCCACGCCCAUCGACGAGAUUCUGCAUAUGUUCAAGGUGGAACGUGUCCACUACUCGUCCACGUGGUGCAAGGGGAUGGUGGCCCUGCUGAAGAAGCUCCUGAGCAGGGACCCCGAGAGCCGCCUCUCCAGCCUCAGUGCCAUCCAGAGCGCCCCCUACCUGGCCGACGUGAACUGGGACGCCGCGUUCGAGAAGGCGCUGAUGCCCGGCUUUGUGCCCAACAAAGGGAGGCUGAACUGCGACCCCACGUUUGAACUUGAGGAAAUGAUCCUGGAGUCGAAGCCGCUCCACAAGAAGAAGAAGAGGCUGGCCAAGCACAGGUCCAAAGACGGCACGAAGGACGGCUGUCCCCUGAAUGGGCACCUGCAGCAGUGCUUGGAGACGGUGCGGAAGGAAUUCAUCAUAUUCAACAGAGAGAAGCGCAGGAGGCAGCAAGGGCAGGGCGGCCAGCUCCUGGACACAGAAGGCCGGACGGGCAGCCAGGCCCAGGGCAAGCUCCCAGACGCCUGCAACAACCACAUCCUGGCUCACGCCUGUCCCCGCAGCUGCAGCAGCUGA